CGGCGUGUUCCCGGUUCCGGGGUGCUCAGAAAAGGAUGGUUCUCCGGCGUCUGUUGGCUGCUUUGCUGCACAGCCCGCAGUUGGUGGAACGACUGUCUGAGUCGCGGCCCAUCCGGCGUGCGGCCCAGCUCACGGCUUUCGCUCUGCUGCAAGCGCAGCUGCGCGGCCAGGACGCGGCCCGCCGCCUACGGAAAGUCGCUGCCGAGCCCGUGAGCUCCCUAGGCCGCCGCGUUGCGCGAUUCAGAGACACUUUCACCCAGGAGCUACGUCGCGGUCUCCGGGACCGCCCGCGGCCACCGCCAGAUAACCAUAGGGGCCCCGGGGCAAACUCGUAAGCUUGGACUGGGAUGGUCCGAGGUCGCCUACUUUCCCAUUUGUACGGUACACCGACCUUGGCGUUAAGCAGUCCUCCCAGGCUCUGCUCACAGCUUCGAAUCCUGAUUCAGAUUAUCGACCUUCAGACGUCCGGCUCUUAAGAGCUCUGGCCAAACCGACAUCUUCGUCGAAAUCUCGUGAUUGAGCAGGGUACAAUGUGGAGAAAGCUUUUAAAGACUGGACCCAGGUAUAACAUAGCCAUGGACACACAUCCAGAAAGAGCGCCUGUCCUCUGCAAAUGGAACUAGGAAUGGGCUUACCCAGAGGGCAGAACAACCAAUGGCUGUGCCCAGAAGAGGCCAGGUACUAAUUCCAGAGAAGAUCGUGGAUUGAAAGACAACCUUGCAGCUGCCAAAUUCUCUGAUUAAAUGUGUGAGCUGAUUAAAAGGCA